GCAUGCGCAAGAGCGGCUCCCGGCUAGUCCCGACGGCGGCGGCGGCUACUGAGGGGCCGGGGCGUGGAGUAGCGGUGGCGGCGGCGGGCAGCAACGGAGCAGCCAUGAGGGCCGGGCCCAGUCACCGACAUGUGAGUGACUGCCUCAUGUUGUGUUGAUGCCAGUCUGCCAUGCUAGCCUGUCUACCAGGGCCAGGUGACCUGUCCUUUCAGCUUCUUCCUCACACGCAGAUGAACACUGGACUUCAGAAAUGGGACACUACACAGAAAAUGAGAGCUGCUCACUAUCCUACCCCAGCCGAAUUGGACGCGUAUGCUAAGAAGGUCGCAAACAACCCACUGACUAUAAAAAUCUUCCCCAACAGUGUGAAGGUUCCCCAGCGGAAACACGUUCGUCGUACUGUGAACGGCCUCGACACAUCAGCCCAGCGCUACAGCCCCUACCCGACUCAGGCAGCCACCAAGGCAGGCCUGCUUGCCAUUGUCAAAGUGCCAGCCAAAAGCAUACUCAAGGACUUUGACGGCACCCGAGCCCGAUUGCUCCCUGAGGCCAUCAUGAACCCCCCAGUGGCGCCCUAUGCUACUGUGGCACCCAGCACUUUAGCCCACCCCCAGGCCCAGGCUCUGGCCCGCCAGCAGGCCCUGCAGCAUGCACAGACCCUGGCCCAUGCCCCUCCCCAGACGCUGCAGCACCCUCAGGGUAUCCCGCCACCCCAGGCGCUGUCCCACCCUCAGAGCCUCCAGCAGCCUCAGGGCCUGGGCCACCCUCAGCCCAUGGCCCAAACCCAGGGCUUGGUCCACCCUCAGGCCCUGUCUCACCAGGGUCUCCAGCACCCCCCCAAUCCCUUGCUGCAUGGAGGCCGGAAGAUGCCAGACUCAGAUGCCCCCCCGAAUGUGACCGUGUCUACCUCAACUAUCCCCCUUUCAAUGGCGGCCACCCUGCAGCACAGCCAGCCCCCGGACCUGAGCAGCAUCGUGCACCAGAUCAACCAGUUUUGCCAGACGAGGGCAGGCAUCAGCACUACCUCAGUGUGUGAGGGCCAGAUCGCCAACCCCAGCCCCAUUAGUCGCAGUCUGCUCAUCAAUGCAAGCACCCGGGUGUCGACCCACAGCGUCCCCACGCCAAUGCCUUCAUGUGUGGUCAAUCCCAUGGAGCACACCCACGCGGCCACAGCCGCGUUGCCUGCCGCAGGCCCUGUCAACCUGCCCACGGGCAUUUCUCGAGCCCCUGCUGGCUACCCUAGCGACCUCAAGCCAGUCGCCUGGAACCAGCACCAGCUGGCCCACCUACAGCAGAUGUGCAGUGAGGCCGGUGGGACGCCGGCCCCUGGCCUGACAGGCAAGCACGCAGCAGGACGCGAGUUGGCAGGGCCUGGCUUUGUGGGCAAGGCCCCUGCCUACCCGCAGGAACUCUGCCUGGCACAGUCCUUCCAUCUGAAGCCACCCCUGGAGAAGCCAACCCCAUCCCCACCUGUCAACGGCCUGGCGGCCCCACUGGCCUACCCCAAUGGUCACUACUUCCAACCCCUGUGGAACAACAUUCUGCCCACUCCCAAUAGCGACAGCUCGGGGUCUCAGGACCUCGCCAUGCCGUUCCACGGUGGGCAGCCCACGGGUGCACCCCUUGACUGUGGGACGGCUGCUGGGGCCCACUACCGAGCAGGGGCCGGGGGCGGUCCAGUGGCAACCCAGAACAGCUUGAUGCAAACAGUGGAUUACCUAAGCGGGGAUUUCCAGCAGGCCUGCUUUCGAGAACAGAGCCUGGCUAUGCUGAGCAAGGCCCACCGAGCCCCUGGCAACCGAGCCCCUGAUCCCGCAGAUAGUCGAAAUCUUCAUAUUCAGCACCCUGGGUAUAGAUAGGUAGCCCCGGUGCCCUCCACAAGCUACACGUCAUACAUCACCCUCCUAGGUUUAGACUUACUUUUGAGUAAUUGGAUAGUUUCAGAGUUUCGCUGCUCCAAUGUGAUCAUUCUUAGAGGUCUAAGAAAGGGAAUUUGGUGGGAUCUAUUUGAGGACAGCGGGGGAUCCCCUGGUGCCCUCACCCUCCCCUCCACCAUCCCCAGCAACUUCUGGGUUUAUGUUAGGACCUAAUCCCAACUCCAAGCUUUUGUCUCUACUGCCUGUCAGUCCCUCCACCUUGACCAUUUCCCCCCAGCCACCUCCUGCCUUUUCUUGCAUCUCUGCCCGUUUUCCUUAGGACUGAGGUGUGGGGUAAGGAAGGGCCCUAGGUGAGGUGGCCGUAGGUGCCCAGCCCCUUAAGCUAGGACUUUCCCUGUCUGCCUCUGUCUCUUUGGGACUAAGAACCCAGACUUCCCAAGUGCUCUGGAAGUUAAUUCCUUCUUCACCCAAAGAUCUCAAAACUGACCCAGUCUUCACCUCCUCCCACCCCUCUCCAUUCCUCAGGGCUUUGUUUAAAUCUGGAUUCCAGAGUCACUGCAUUUGCCCUUGCUACAUUCAAGGGCACCCUGUAGGCACUUGGCCAUAGCCUUGAGACCUGGGGGAAAAAUGUGUCUUUGUGUUGGUAUCUUAGUUCCUGACACCCCUUUCCAGCCCUAGAGAAAGGUAGUAACUGUCCAGCACACCCAAGAUCCCUUUCUCACUAUUGUCUCUCUCCCAACUCACCUGCUGCUCCCAUCCCCCACACCCCUCCAAAAACACAAGCAAAACAAAAUAGGAUCUUGAGGAAUUAGGUAGGUAAAGAAAGGAUGAUCACAUUGGAGUUCGGAAUUAAAAACACCAAAAAAAAAAAAAAAAAAAAAGUUAAAAUGCAUUUGGUUCUCUACACUGGCUAAGAAUAUUGCUCUACACUGUAAGUUUUAAAUGUCCUGUUUCUGUAUGAAUGUAGUGUGGGUUUGAGUAGCGUUGUGUGAGCGGCCCCACAGGUACAUUCACCCUCUAGUCACCUCCUUUUGCAGCCCCUCAGUAUAAUGAAGAAAGAAAGAAAAAAAAAAAAAACACAAAGCCUUAAGCUCUUUGAAUUCUUCCUUUACCAAAUGAGCAUGGUUCUAACAGCUGGAGGCGGACCUACAUUGGAAGCAGCCCCUCCUGCCCGCGCCCAUCUGUCACGUGCCCAUCCUCCACCCCACGCUCAACGUGUUUCAUUCCCAAGUGGCAAUUAGUUGGCUAGAAAUUUAAAACUUUUCUGUAACUUUAAAUUUAGAUCAUGUUUUGUAAUUUUUUGCACCCUUCUGUUAAAGUUGGGCUCUGCCUUUUUUUUUUUUUUUUUCUUUUUAUUUUUUUAAACCAAAUAAGCCCUUACCUUUCCUCUUGUCUCUGGGGAAUGUGAGCUGAUGUUCUUAUUUAAGAUUUGGGGUUUUGUUUACUAUACUAUCCACUGUUCUUUAGCCAGAAAUUCUCUAGUGAUCUGAAGCAAUGUGAUUGAAGACCAGUUUUUAAAUUAUGUGUUGGCAAGUUGCCUUAUAUUUAAAAAGAGAAAAAAAAAAGAAAAAGAAAAAAAAAUGCCUGAUUGUGUUAUGCCAAAUGAUAGCAACAUGAAGUCCUAAUUUAUUUUCCUGCCGUCUGUGAACACUGGUACCUCCCUGUCCCUGAGCCCUCAGGAGCACCUGCAGCUUCUGGCGCAGCGCCUUCUCCCAAGGCUUCACCGCCACCGUCUCACCCAGGGUCCCCUCCGGUUCUCACUUUCUCUGAGAGAACCCCACCGUCCCCCCUUAUCCCUUGCUUGAUCUCCAAACCAGAUAUUUUUGCUGUGAGUUUUUCCAAUGCCUCUCCCCAAAAGGUGAGCUGCUAUCUUAGGAAAUGGGACCGGACACCAACUUGGGGGCUUUAAAUCAAACCUCAAACCCUCAAAUCUCUUCCUGUGUAGGGGUGCAAAUCUCUGAAGCUCUCCCACCCCUAGUCUGCAUGGAAAAAUGUACUGUGGCCCCUCUCCCCCCCCCGACCCCCCACUGCCCUUGCCUUUGGUGUGAGAUGUUUCCUAGUUCACCCUGAGCCUCCCUCCCCCCUCUGCCAGCCAACCCCCAACCAGCAAUAAGGGUCCAAGCCAGGGCCUCCUAUCCACACUCCCUGCCUCCAUCCCACGCUGCCCCUAGGGAAUACCCGGAUUCCCUACACUGUCCACAUACUGUAGCAUUCAUUCUCCAUCUCCCUCAUCUGCUCACCUGUGGUGGUUUAUGGGUGUGAUGGGGUUUUUAAGAUUAUUAUAAACCAG